CCGCUGCUCCCGUCUAAUGCAGACCCAUUUGGUGAAAAACUGCUUUCUAACUGAAGGAAUGAACGGUAGCUAAUUCCGAAUUGAAUCAUUCGGGUCUUUUUCGUGCUUAAAAAUGAGCUUAAGGCUUCUUCUGACGGUUUUUGUUCUGACCACCUGUGGCAUCCAUGCCUGCCCGCGCUUGUGCUCCUGCUCCUUUUCACCUCGGGGCACUGAGGUGGAGUGCAGUGACACCUCCAUGACGUCCUUCCCCGUGGACGCUUUACCUCCCAACACCACUCGCUUAUCCGUCCAGUCCACCCGGCUCAGCGCCGUAGAACCCGGUCAUCUAGGCGCAGUGACCCUUCUGAGGAGUCUCCAGCUGUAUCACAACAAACUGGACAAGCUUCCUUGGGAUCUCCUGAGGAACACUUCCCAGCUGACCACUUUGGAUCUCACAGGUAACCAACUCGUACGAUUGCCUCCAAAGAUCUUCAACCAGAAGUCGCUGCGCAACCUGCUCCUUAAGAACAACCUCAUUGAAGAAGUCGAUGCUGAGUGGUUCUCGGAAACCAGCAGCCUCAUUCAGCUCGAUUUAUCCGGGAAUCUAUUAUCCCGCAUCCCGUCUGUUUUUCUCCACAAACUGGAACACCUAGAACAUCUAGACCUGAGCCAUAACAACCUUGAAGAACUCCAAGCCGGAGCCUUGAAGAACCUCCACCAACUGGACACCUUUAACCUCGCCAGGAACAAACUGAGCACCCUGAACCAUUCGCUUUUCAAACACAACCAGAGGCUCUCACAACUGUUCCUGCAGGAGAAUCAUCUCGGGGAGCUUCACCCGGCGCUCCUCUCGAGUCUGCCCCGCCUUCAGAUGCUUCUUCUCAACCAGAACCAGCUCCAACGUCUCCCCCAAAGCCUGCUGGAUGGCACAAACUCUACUUUCCAGGUGAUUCUGUCAGGGAACCCGUGGCUGUGUGAUGAGAAGAUAGACUAUCUGCGGCGAUGGCUUAUUGACCACCCUGGCAAUGUCUUCUUUUUGGACGAGGUCACUUGCACCGGCCCGGAAGCUCUCAAAAAUAGACCGGUGGCAUCUUUAACAGGACAUGACCUUGGUCUUGUCGGAGAUGAGGAAAAACACAAUUGAAAAUGAUCAUAAACAUCAUUGCACAAUACAAAUACACCCCCUAGUGGUGGUGCAAUUUAGUGUGUAAAUCAACACCAAAAUACUGUGCACACUAAAAAAUGCUGGGUUAUUUUGAUAACCCAAUUUAUGAGUUGCUUGUGUUGGGUUAAAUUUUGUUAUUUUUAUGAAUAGCAAUCCAUUUUUUGGGUUAUAAGGAUUUUAUUUCAAUUCAUUUCCUGGGUUUUCAAAAUGAUGAACCAUUUAUGGGUUGUUUUUCAACUAGCAACGCAUUUUUGGGUAAAAGGUUUUGGUUUUUUUUACUAAAAAUAUACUUUUUUCUUGAAGGGAAUUUUAUUAUGGAUUAAUCUUAUUAACAUUAUUUACAAACACCCAACAUUGAGUUAGCAUAACUCAACGUUUGGGUUAAAUAAGUGAACCCAAUAGAUAGGUGGUGAAUAACCCAACAUUAAGUUAUCAUAACUCAACUUUUGGGUUAAAUAAUUCAACGCAAAUUUGGGCUGAAAAAAAUGUACCCAAAAUGUUGAGUUAAAAUAACUCAAAUAAGGGGUUCAUCCUUUUCUGAACCAGCAGUUGGGUUAGAAUUGGGUUAUUUUUUAACCCAACAUUUUUUUAGUGUGUAAGCUCUUUAGUUUUUAGAUCUUUGUACAUGUCAAAGCUGGGCCAACAAAUCAACAAAUCAUUGAAUCGAACGAUAAAAGAAAAUGAACUUUGCCAUGUUCGUGUGUU